AUGCGCACCUCGCGUGUGUCUCGCGACACCUCGCGCAUCGUGGCCGCGACACGCACAUUACGUCAGACACGUACUGCCGUCACAGAAGAGAGAAGCAAGAGACAACAUACCCUAUCGAGUCCCGAACGAGUUUCCUCAGAAUCUGAAUCAGAUCUGGAUCUUGCAGCAUCAGCCGAAUCAAGCUCAGAGGAAGAAAAACGGCCUGUAAAGAAGCGAAGGACAGCACCAGUCGCGGUCAAACACGAAAUCAAAGAAGAGUCCAUCGCAACAAUCGCAUCGCCCAAGAAACCCAAAAAAGCGCGUCGAACUCCUGCGAAGAAAAUAAAAGGCGAAGAUGGCACCAUCAAAAUCGAGCCGCCGGCGAACUGGGAAGAAAUCUACGCUCUCACGCGCGAAAUGCGCAACGAGAACAUCGCCCCUGUAGACACCAUGGGCUGUGAGAGCCUCGCAGAUCGCGAACGCACACCACGGGAUCAGCGCUUCCAAACGCUCGUCGCCCUGAUGCUGAGCAGCCAGACGAAAGACACAGUCACAGCCGUUGCAAUGCGGAACAUGCAGGAGAACAUGCCUGGCGGUUUUAACCUCGAAUCAGUCCUCGCCCUCCCCCCUCCCGACCUAAACGCCAUGAUCAACAAAGUAGGCUUCCACAACCUCAAGACAAAAUACAUAAAAGCCACCGCCGAAAUCCUGCGUGAUAAAUUCGACGGCGAGAUACCGGAUAGCAUCGAGGGGCUUGUCAGCCUGCCCGGCGUCGGGCCUAAGAUGGCAUACUUGACAAUGAGCGCUGCGUGGGGCAAGGAUGAAGGUAUUGGUGUCGAUGUACAUGUGCACCGCAUUACGAAUCUGUGGGGAUGGAAUAAGACGCAGACGCCCGAGCAGACGAGGGCGGCGCUGGAGAGCUGGUUGCCGAGAGAUAAAUGGCAUGAUAUCAACAACUUGCUUGUGGGACAUGGGCAGACGAUUUGUUUGCCUGUGGGGCGGAAGUGUGGGGAGUGUAAGCUGGCGGACAGGGGGUUGUGUCCGUCGGCGGUGGUGGGGAAGAAGAUGAAAGUGAAGAAGGAAACGGUUAAGCUGGAGGUGGAGGGUGGGGGCAUUGUGAAGCAGGAAGAGGUGCUUCUUGAGGGUGGGGAGGUUAAGGCGGAGGAUGGACCGGAUGCUUUGGUCAAGAGGGAAGAGACGGACGACGAGGAAAAGGACGUAGGCGGAGCACUCGUCAAAGUUGGCGGGCGCGUGCAUACACCUGCGCCUUCCGCCUUGUGUCACAGCAAACAAACAACGACCACCUUUCACACCAAGUCAGCUGGACUCGCUGAUCAUUUUUCACUUCACCAACUCGUCUUGAAACAGACCGCCGAGCAGCUUCUAGGCAUCAGGCAUAAGAUACCUCUCCCCCUCCCCUCACAUCUCGGUACAACUCCCUACUCACCCAACUUCGUGCCGCACAACCUGCGCGCUCUCUCACUUCAAGAAGAAGGCUGUCUCCACAUGGUGGAAGCCACCAACCUCGCCAGUACCACGCCACAAGCUGUUAUUGCAACUUUCGCGACGAUGGCCAGCCCUACAAACACUGAGGACGUUCCCCGGAAGUUCCCAUUCAGCAAUUUGCGUAUUCCGGAUCUUGGUCAGGCUGUGACUAGCAUGACACCUUCGCAGCACACGCAGAACCGACUGCGAUCGAAUGCAAAGCUCGCUGUUCCUCACCUUCUUAUCCUCCUCGCUAGCCUUGCGUACCUCAUCACCAUGUGUACGCUGCUCAGCACUGGCCUCCAGGGCUUCUCGGGAAUCCUAGACACCCAACUUCAAGAAGUCAGCUAUGAGCUGCGAGUUCAGGACAGCAUCACAUGGCGGGAGGACCUGCUUGAGAGUCGGAUGGACAAACUGGAACAUACGCAGCUUGACAGCAGGUUUAUGGAGACUUAUGAUGACUGUCUAGCUCGCGGAGUCCGCGCGGCCGACUUCCAGAUCAUGCGCUACCGAGGAUUCCAAUAUCCCACCUUUCGCAAUCGGACGAUUGACUGGACGGUUGAGAAUUGCGGACGACUUCAUCACGUACCCCAGGCCAAACAGGCGAGCGUACAGCAAGAUGUUCUGAACGGAUGGGCUCGAAUUAGCUACCGGGGACGUAGUCUCGCAGAGAAGGCCAUGAUAAUGGUUGAGCAACGCGUCAAGCCCCUCCAGAAUUGGCUGUUCAACGCAACCGGUGCUGGCUUCUUUAAGUCGGCAGAGCCCAUAACACCGAACAUCGUGGAGCCUCCUACCUGUGCGAUGCUCUCAGCACGCCUCUACAUGCCCGAAGAAUUUCGCCUAGACGGUGAAGCUUCACCAUGCCGACUUGUCUACGUCCACCUAACGAAGACACCAAAGGACAAGGCGAUGAUGGACAAGGAGGCUUUGACGGAGACAAAGCUCAAGUUCCAGGAGCUUCUCAGAAUCUAUCAUCACAUCAGCAUUGUGAGAAGGGCCACAAAAUUCGUUGCUGCAGAGCUGAUGCUGCUGGAAAUCUUCUGCCUGAUACUUUACGUCGUCAGCUUAUUUGCUUCUGAGUUCGAUCUCAAUCAAUCUACAUCAAGCCAUUGGGUAUCCACCUCUGUCACGGCUCUACGCACACACCGUUUUACUCCACAGGAGCAAUACGCUGCAAUCUUCAUCUUUGCGCAGAUCAAUGCCGCGCUUGCUAGCGAGUACAUGCAACACUCGCUCUAUCUUGAGCGUCUCGUUGCUAUGAUCAUGUGCAGUAUGACGAUGCUGCUUCGCUCGUUCAUAUCUGGCACGACUGUCGCCGUAUUCCCCCAGAUGUAUAGGGCGCUCAAAGAGCUCUACGACAUCGCUACGCAGCCAGAUGUACUAACUAUCCAGGCUAUCGUACCAAUGCCUCGCACACAGAGCGAUGACAAUAUUAGCAAGCACACUGAAUUUUCGCAUCGGCCAGAUGAGGCGAGCGUGCCAUUGCAGGAGCCGACAUUGUCUGCAAGCUCGUCGCAUACAGAGUUGCAAACUGUGGUUGACCAGCCACACACGCAGAAUCUGGCAGAGGACCCUCGAAACGAGACGGGGUCCCCGGCUCAGUCUGAGACCGAUUCGGACUCCCUAUCGGAUAAUGAGGGCUACGUCGACCUUGCUGGUGGCAUUUCCCCGACGAUGUCUGAAGAUCAGGAGUGGGCGGUUGUUGACGCUUAA